CCGCCGCCGCCAUCCCGCGCGCCCGCCCGCCGCGCUCCCUCCCCGCCUCCCCCCCCCUCCCUCCCGCCCUCCCUCCUCCCGCUCCGCCCGGAGCGCCCUUCGCCCAACGCCGUUACCGGCGCCGACACAGCCGAGGCCCGAGUGCUGCCGCAGCCUGAACCCACCAUGGACACCGGAGUCAUCGAAGGGGGUCUCAAUGUCACGCUCACCAUCCGGCUACUCAUGCACGGAAAGGAGGUGGGAAGCAUCAUUGGGAAGAAAGGGGAGUCCGUGAAGAAGAUGCGUGAGGAGAGCGGAGCUCGCAUCAACAUCUCGGAAGGGAACUGCCCCGAGCGGAUCAUCACCCUCGCGGGACCCACCAACGCCAUCUUCAAAGCUUUUGCGAUGAUCAUUGACAAACUGGAAGAGGACAUCAGCAGCUCCAUGACCAACAGCACGGCUGCCAGCCGGCCCCCGGUCACCCUCCGGCUUGUGGUCCCCGCCAGCCAGUGCGGGUCCCUCAUUGGCAAAGGAGGCUGCAAGAUCAAGGAGAUCCGAGAGAGCACGGGGGCACAGGUCCAGGUGGCAGGGGACAUGCUGCCCAACUCGACUGAGCGAGCCAUCACCAUCGCUGGGAUCCCACAGUCCAUCAUCGAGUGCGUCAAACAGAUCUGCGUCGUCAUGCUUGAGUCUCCCCCGAAGGGUGUCACCAUCCCGUACCGACCCAAGCCAUCCAGCUCUCCCGUCAUCUUUGCAGGCGGCCAGGACAGGUACAGCAGCGGCAGUGCGAGCUACCCCCACACCGCCCCAUCCAUGUGCCUCAACUCUGACUUGGAGGGACCACCUCAGGAGGCCACCCGGCAGCCACUGCAUGGCAACGAACUUGGGCCAAUUCCAGCCUGGGCUGCAGUUCUUCCGGCCUAUACCAUUCAAGGACAGUAUGCCAUUCCACAGCCAGAUCUGACCAAGCUGCACCAGUUGGCAAUGCAACAGUCACACUUUCCAAUGUCUCAUGGCAACACUGGAUUCAGUGGCGUUGACUCCAGCUCUGCAGAGGUGAAAGGCUAUUGGGGUUUGGAUGCCUCUGCCCAAACCACCUCCCAUGAACUCACCAUUCCAAACGAUCUGAUUGGCUGCAUCAUCGGGCGUCAGGGCGCCAAGAUCAACGAGAUCCGCCAGAUGUCCGGGGCUCAGAUCAAGAUUGCCAACCCCGUGGAAGGCUCUACUGACAGGCAGGUGACCAUAACUGGAUCUGCAGCGAGCAUCAGCCUGGCCCAGUAUCUAAUUAAUGUCAGUUUAGAAAGCGCUAAACCCUCCUCCCAGGCAGCCUCCGUCACGAUCCCUGACCACCUCAGCAUCAACCUCUCUCAACCCUCCACCCCUUCUUCUUCUUCCUCCUCCACCACCACCCCCUCGCUCGCCACCGCGGGGGCCUCCGACGCACCCUCCAGCCUCCCCAACCCUCUUCCGACCGCCCCUUGUGUCUCCAGUCUGCUUGGCAUGAAACCUGUCCCUCUCCUGGCGCUAAAUGUCGUGUCUGCGGCCAAAGGCGCCGCGGCGCCCGCCGUGCCCUGUGUCACUAACAAACUCAAAGCGGAGAAGCAAAGGUUUUCCCCGUACUGAGCCUGCUCCAGGGGGUGGCAGCACCAGGAACCCCGGAGAGGAGACUUGGAACAGCAGUUUUUUUUGGUUUUUUUUCCUUUUUUUUU